ACUGUGUGUUCCUGUAGGUCCUGGACACAGUUUUGCUCAGAGAAACAGGAAUCCAGCGGACGCUUACCUAGGAAGACUGUGCUCGAGCUAAAGCUACGGCGCUGAAAUGAGUUUCCUUGGGGGUCUGUUUGGUCCUUUGUGUGAAAUCGAUGUAAUCCUGAACGACGCUGAAAGCAGAAAAACAGCAGAGCUGAAGACUGAGGAAGGGAAAUUGGAAAAGCAUUAUCUGUUUUAUGAUGGAGAAUCAGUUUCAGGAAAGGUAAAUAUCAAUGUGAAACAAACAGGCAAGAGACUGGAACAUCAGGGAAUUCGCAUUGAAUUUGUAGGACAGAUUGAGCUCUUCAGUGAUAAAAGCAAUACUCAUGAGUUUGUAAACCUUGUGAAAGAGCUUGCUCUGCCUGGAGAGCUGACGCAGAACCGCAGCUAUGACUUUGAGUUCAUGCAGGUGGAAAAACCAUAUGAGUCCUAUGUUGGAGCAAAUGUGCGGCUGAGAUAUUUCCUUAAAGUCACAAUUGUGAGGAGGUUGUCUGAUUUGGUAAAGGAAUGUGACCUCAUUGUCCAUCAGCUGGCCACUUACCCCGAUGUCAACAAUUCUAUCAAAAUGGAAGUAGGCAUUGAAGACUGUCUACAUAUAGAAUUUGAAUACAAUAAGUCUAAGUAUCACCUCAAAGAUGUCAUUGUGGGUAAAAUUUAUUUCCUGCUUGUACGAAUUAAAAUCCAACACAUGGAGCUUCAGUUGAUAAAGAAAGAAAUGACAGGAAUUGGUCCGAGUACAACUACUGAGACAGAGACUGUGGCCAAAUAUGAGAUUAUGGAUGGCGCACCAGUCAAGGGUGAAUCAAUUCCUAUUAGGCUCUUUCUGGCUGGUUAUGACCUUACACCCACAAUGAGAGACGUAAACAAGAAGUUCUCUGUGAGGUUCUUUUUGAACUUGGUUCUUGUGGAUGAUGAAGACAGGAGAUACUUCAAACAGCAGGAAAUUGUUUUGUGGAGGAAGGCACCAGAGAAACUGCGAAAACGAAACUUCCAUCAGCGCUACGAGUCACCUGAGUCUCGGCCGAGUCUCGCUGCUGAACAGCCGGAAAUGUGAGCAGGGGGAUUGGAGCAACCCGCCAGGGAAACUUUUCCUCUGAGUGAGGGGUUAGAAGAAAGAAGAAAAACAUACAGAUCGCUGUUCACAUGGUCGUCCCUCACAGCUUAUGCUGAUAAACUGUGCCUGAAUUGGCUCUAUCCACCCUGCCAUCCACAGCAAGCAAUCUGUUAGUAUUCAAGGACACUUUUUAGAAAGCACUGGAAAUCAUGUCAGUCAUAUAGCACAUAUUCAAGGUUGCACGCCUCCAUAGAAGAAAUGUUUUUAAAAGUGCACUCACUGGUAUCAUCUAUGUUCCACAUAGAGCAAAAACACAUUUUAGAGAGCUUCCUCAUGCAUGCUGGCUGGUUAUCUGAGUUCAUAGCAACAUUUAAUAAAGGCUAUGGGGCCAAGUAAAAAAAGAGGUCAAGUAAUGUAAUAACAGUAAAUUUUGUGUCACCCAGGCUGUAAGUUGUCAUAUAUAUUUAACUUAUUUAGUGUCUUCUCUGUUCUUUUUUUAUAGUCUUCUAAAUAGUCUUUAUUUGGGAAAAGUUUUUGUCCUUCUUUUUUUUUUUUUAAGUAUACGUCUAUAUAAAUAUAUAUGAAAUAUUUAAAGAGGACUUUGUAAGAGGCGUUGUACUAAAAGCUUACUAAAGCCAUUUGUGUAUUUGGGUAUAUAUAUUUAUAUGCAGCUUAUAAAACCAGGUUGGAAUAACACUGGCUCAGUAGUUAAAGAGGACAACUUGAAGUUCUUGUUCAGUUUUCUGAAUUUCUUGAAUGAUUUUUCACUACUUUAAUUCUAAAUAUUAACUACACUGCACUCACAUUGCAUAAUGCCUACUUUUUUGAUAGGCCAUCGAAAGUCUAAAAUUGUUAUAUUCCUUGCAUGUCAUCCUGCUUUAAGGUUUCUUUGAAAGUGGUUAUCAAUUUUUCACUGUUAUGUCCUACUCUUGUAUAUUUUAUGUGUGUUCUGAAGCAAAAGCGUUUAUUUGGACUCUUACAGUCUGUCUCGUGGACUAAACGGUGAAUAUGGAAGCUGUUAACUUUAGUCUUGAUUUUAAAACUCGCACUAUAUAACUAAUAUAAAUGUCUGCGUUCAUAAAUAUUGGGUUUCACAAGCUAAAACGUGUUUAGAAAAACUGAUCGAAGUUGUGGUAAGCAACUGUAUCAUUUGUACAUCUUGAAAAAUUGUACAUAUCCCGCCAUAGAUUGUUUAUCUGCCAACCUGUCAAAUAAAAUGCAAGUUUGUACUUAAAAAAUAUAUUAUGCCUGUAAAAUUC